GCCGCGCGUUUGGCCCAACUAGCCAUCACUGGUGUUGGUGAUGGUAUAGUAACGGGAAUUCGACUUGCAGUUAUCAGGAUCUAUCGCGGGAGUUUACUCGCAUUUUGGCAUCCCUAUGGGGCUAGCAGGCAUGCUACAGUUGUGGCAUUGAUUCCG